UACUCGAGCACAGUACAAGCCCAGACCGUUCACUCCCGACACACGCAACACACAAGCCACUCAUCGUCUUCCACAAAACUCACACAUUUCGAUAUGGCUUCUCAAGGCGUUGUCUCCGCACGCAGUGCCUACCGGCAACUUCUCCGCGCGACCCGCGUGGCCUUCCACAACGACCUCCGCGUCAUGGUCGCAGCGCGUCAAGAAGCGCGCCGCAACUUCGACAACCACCCUCGCCAGGGCAUCGACACCCCAAUGCAGAUCAACCACGCCAUCGAGGUGGCCAACAUCCUGCGUCACAACAUCGUGCAGGGCGUGCGCGACGACGGCGACGAGAAUGCCAAGUGGGAACUCCGGAUCCACGACGAGAUCGAGCGCGGCGACAACGAUUCCAUCAAGAUCGCCGGGAAGAAGGUCAAGGUGGACAAGCCCUGCUCUGCCUGAUCACGACGAUUCGAUUGUACAGCGACAGACUACAGUCUAAACGGGCGGGGAGGGGGUGCGGUGGUGGAUUGCAAAGAUAUGCAUUGCGGUUUGUAUUAUAGUAUACCCGAAGUUUCCUUUUGUUUUCUCUCUUCUCUCCUUUCUGGCGUCUCUUU